AUGCCUUCAAACACUGGAGAAACGAACGACGAACUGAGCAACGACUAUGUUGCACAAGUAUUAGCCAAGGAGGCCCGUGACAGCUCGAUGAAAUAUUCGGCUCAAGGAUUGGGUGCUUAUUUGCCUAGAAGACCUACAGGUGCAGCUCCUAAACCGAAUACGAGAUUUCUACGCAAUAUCAUAAAGGAAACCGACAGUCAUAACGCUGCAUUGAAGCGAAAGGAAGAAAAGGAAGCCAGGGAACGAAUGCGACAACUACGUUCGUCUUCCUCUGCGAAUGAUACCAAAGAACGCGACCGUCAUCGAUACCGUCGCCCGUCAGACAACUUGGAGUCGCGGCGGGACACAAGAGAAAGUCGGGAAUCAAGGUAUCGCCCUCAUAGAAGAAGCCACAGGAGUCGUUCGGCGUCCUCGGAGAGAGAUCGGUCCCGCAGACACCGACGAACCCACCGAUCUGAUGACACUGGUGGAAAGCGUCAUCGAUCUUCAAGGAAAGAACAUCGUCGCCGCUCGUACUCACGUAGCCGCUCUCCACGAGAUGAUAAUGCCUCGAAUGCUCGCGAUCGCUACAGACGACGUCGUCGACGCACAGUCUCAUUGUCCCCCUCUCGCAGCCCAUCACCAGACAGACACAGGAAUCGGAAAGGUAGAGACGAUACAAGAUACGACACUCGCCGCAGUUCACUCGAUGAUCGCGCGACACAUGAACACACCACGGCACACGAGAGAGAAAGAACACCGCCUCCUCCGAGAAGAGAGUCUGGGUUUGAGUCUGAUCCGCUCGAGGAUUUGGUGGGACCACUACCCCCUAAGCAUGGCGUCGACAGCGAUUCGGGGCCAAUUCGCUCUCGCGGCCGGGGCGCUUAUAAAGCCAACAUGAGCAAUAUCGAUGCUCACUUUGCUCCCGACUACGAUCCAUCACUGGAUAUCCACAUGGAAGAUGACGAUCAAGAUCAGCGCAAAGGACCCUCCCGACGUCCUGUUGCAGGUCUUACAACAGAGGAAGAUGACUGGGAGCUCGCCCUCGAAGCGCUCCGCGACCGUGCUCGUUGGAAGCAAAAGGGAGCGGACCGACUACGAGAAGCGGGCUUCAACGAUGCCGUCGUUGAUCGAUGGAAGAGCACUUCUAGUAAAACAGCCACAGGCACUGGUGAUGACGAAGGCAGACUUGAAGACGUGAAGUGGUCAAAGAAAGGCGAGGAUCGUGAAUGGGACCGGGGAAAGUUUGUUAAUGAUGAGGGGCAUAUCGAUGUCAAGGCUUUGUGGUAG